UAUUUGGCCUACAUAAAAAGCAAAGAGGGAGAGAGAGAGAGAGAGAGAUUCUUUGGUCUUUAGAAGUAAAAAUGAAGAAGAUAUUCCAAUAUCCUUAAUCUAACCUUUCUCUCUUGUGUUUGCAUUUAUUAAAAAAUAUUUAUCUAAAAUAUGUCUUUUAAUAUGAAAUCGAUUUUUCUGCUAUUUCAAUAUCGUGUCCCUGCGAUGCCGUCGAUUAGGUAUAACAGUAACAGCGCUGUAAAAUUGAUUUACUCCGAAUAUGGGGAUCCUCUGAAAGUUUUAAACAGAGUCCCAUAUGAGGUACCAACACCGCAAGCAAAUGAAGUUGUCGUAAAGAUGUUGGCUGCUCCAGUGAAUCCCGCUGAUAUAAACACGAUACAGGGAAAAUAUCCCUCAAGACCAAAGUUACCAGCAGUACCAGGCAAUGAAGGUGUUGGUCAAGUAAUUUAUGUAGGAGACGAAGUGAAGGAUGUCUCAGAAGGAGAUCAUGUUGUGCCUUUAACGACCAAUUUGGGAACCUGGAGAAGCCAUUUAGUUCUACAUAAAAAUAAUGUUUUUAAAAUACCCAAGAAACUUGGUUUAAUUGAGGCUGCAACCUUGACAGUAAAUCCUUGUACAGCUUACAGAAUGCUAAGGGAUUUCACUCUUUUGAAACCUGGAGACACAGUUAUACAAAAUGGAGCCAACUCUGCUUGUGGGCAAAAUGUGAUUCAAAUUUGUCAUUCAUGGGGUAUAAAGACUGUAAAUGUUAUUAGAGAUAGGCCUAAUGUAGAAGAAUUGAAGAAAUUUUUAACAAAUUUAGGUGGAACUCAUAUUUUGACUGAAGAAGAGUUGCGUCAAACGGAUAUUUUUUCUAGUGGUAAAUUAGGUAAACCAAAGUUAGCUUUAAAUUGUGUGGGAGGUAAAAAUGCUUUAGAUUGUAUGAGACAGUUAGAUAAUGGUGGUAUCAUAGUAACUUAUGGUGGAAUGUCUAGGGAACCUGUAACAGUUCCCACUUCUGCCUUGAUAUUUAAAGACCUUCAAGUACGGGGUUUUUGGAUGACUAGAUGGGUAAAAGAAAAUGUGGAUAGUGUGGAGAGAUUUGAAAUGUUUUCUGAACUAAUUUCACUUAUGAUGCAUGAUGAGUUACGAGGUCCUGUUCAUAAGCUUGUUAGUUUUGAUAAUUAUAAAGAAGCAGUAGAAAAUGCUCUCAAUUUAACAGGAAUGACUGGUAAAAAGUAUAUAUUUUUAUUUGACUAGAAAUAAUUAAUUUUAUUAAUUUUGUUAAUUGUAUUUUUGUAUAAGAAUGUUAUUAGUUACCACAAUAUGCCAUUAUUUUCAAUGUUACCAAUAUUGUUUUUAAUUUUUGCAGAAUAAAAGUUAGUUCUC